AAUAGAAUGUGGUAUUAGCCUUAAGCCGAAUUUUAGAUGAAAGCGGCAGGGACCAGCUGAUCGGUCAGCUGGAUAAUCGUUGGCGCACUAGAUAGCGGCGCACAGAUUGAUUGUGGCAGGGAUACAUUGCCGAGCCGUGCCGCACUAUAGCAAAUUUGCGCUGCAGCGACUGCCGGUCUAUAGCUAAUCUAUCUGGGGGGUUUCCUUUUACUAUUUUCCUCUGCAGUGUUUUCAUAGUUGAUUGCACCCAAAACAGGCUUGAGGCAGCUCUGGUUUACGCAGAAUCUCCAAAGAUGACGAGUUACAACAAGACACAAUACGACGAGAUUGCGGACGGCUACGAUGUGCUUGACCGACUUCCAUGGCGCGAAACAGAAGCCCACAGCUUUCGGACUGCGAUCGGUCCUAUGUUGAGCCCAGAUAUGAAUGUCGUUGAAUUUGCAUGCGGAUCGGGAUUCUACUCUCAAAAGAUAUUGGAAUGGGGGUGCAAGUCAAUAACCGGCAGCGACAUAUCACCAGCAAUGGUUGAUGGCGCUAAGCAGCGUCUAUCAGAGGCUGUAGCGGAAGGAAAGGCUCGAUUUGUGGUGGGAGACGCUACAAAGCCUAGAUCACUGGCUCCUGAUGGCACAGAGGGAUACUUUGAUAUUGCGCUAGGUGUUUGGUUGCUUAACUAUGCAGAGAGCAAAGAGCAGCUGACCAAGAUGUUUGAGACGGCUGCGCUCAACUUGAAAGACAACGGUGUCUUUUGUACAGUGGCUUUGCAUCCUACCGACAAUCUUGAAGAGAGAGUAGCGGCGCAUGAGAAGUCACCAUUGACCAAAGUGAUGCCUCGACACACGUAUCUGGAGAAGCUGGCAUCUGGCGAGGGCUGGCUGUUCAAGGUCACGCUGCCCGGUGAUACCACGUUUAUGACGUUUCACUUGACAAAGGAGAUUUAUGAAGAAGCAGCACACCUAGGCGGGUUCAAGGGAAAGUUGGAAUGGCGUCCUGAGAUUUGGAAGGAUGAGGAUCUGAAGAAGCGGUAUGCGAGCUGGAUGACAGGGGCGGAUUGGGAUGUGAGACGUGAGCAUCCACAUAUGUCGGUUCUGGUUGUGCAUAAGAAUUGAUGUACUUCAUUUGCAGCGGCUAUUAUAGAGAUUCAAAAGAAAUUAAAGAUAAAAGAAAUUCUGUAUAUGCGUACGUAUGCC